AUGGAAACCAUCAGGGUGAUCUUUCUGGGGACCUUGCAGCUCGUGGUGCUCGGUGCUGCUUCAACCAAAGCCCUGACCAGAGAGACGAGAACCUGGAUCAUAGACUCCUUCAGCAUCGAAGAGGAACACCCAGGUCCAUACCCGUUCGUACUCGGACCUAUCAGGGUUGAACAGAACUACCAACUGAGGUUCAGGCUCACUGGAAGCGGUGUGGACAAAGACCCCGUCGGCGUCCUCAGCAUAGACACGGAGACUGGAAACAUCAUAGUCCAUCGCAAGGUCGAUUACGAGCUUUUCCCGCAUCUGAAGCUCAUGUUUGAGGCGAUAAACGCCUCCAACGAGAUGGUCGAGACGAGGCUCGGAGUGGAGAUAAACAUUCUGGACAUAAAUGACAAUGAACCAACGUUUCAGAAAGAAGUCUACAACACCACAGUGGAGGAAUCAAGGCAACAAGGACAGCUUGUACUCAUCGCGGUGGCCACAGAUUAUGACAAGAAAGGCAGCCCAAAUUCAACCAUUGAUUACAGAAUCGUGUCUGUGAAACCAGAGACUCCGAAUGUGCAAUUCUAUAUAGAAAAAAGCGGCAGAAUAUCCUUCAAGGGAUGUCUGGACUACGAGAAAGCCAAGGUGUACACCAUGGUGGUGGAGGCCAAGGACCGCGGAGAAGUUCAGCGCCGUUCGAGCUCGUGCGCCGUCAUCGUCAAUGUUGAGGACAGGAACAACCACAUGCCCGUGUUUGUUGGACACAGGGGGCCGUGGAGAGUGAAGGAGAGGGAGGCUGGAAAGCAGCUUCUCCGUCUGCAAGUGACAGACAAGGACUCGAGGAAGACUGCGGCAUGGAGGGCCAGGUACACGCUACACGGAGAGGACAGCGACAGCUUUCACGUUGACACGGACCCGGAAACGAACGAGGGAAUCCUCUCGGUCAUAAAGCCGCUGGACUAUGAGGAGGGCUCGUGGAGGAACCUAUCUGUCAGCGUGGAGAACGAGAGCCCAUUCUUCUCCUGCGAGGUGACAGGCCGACCCCCCCAGGGCCUGUGGACCGUGACCUGUGUCGACAGCUCUGGAGAAGCGGCCCGUCCCAGGAUGAGGAAAAUCUCCAUCGCUGUGGAGGAUGUCAACGACCCCCCUGAGUUCCUCGUCGGCACCAAGAAUGUGACGGUGGACGAGAACGUAGAGAGUGGAUCCCUGCUGGUAAACUUCACUGUUGAAGACGAGGACACACACUUCGCCAGCAACUUUGUAAGGCUGGUCGUUCUGGGGCUGCUCGACACUCUUCUCCUGCUGAUUUGUGUCUGGCCUCUUGAGCUCAUUUCCAAAGGUUGUUGGUUCAAGUUCCAGGAGGAGACACAACUGUACCCUUUUAGAAGUGCGGUAUCAAUGAAAUCAACACCCGAUCAGUGUUUAUUCUAUUGUGUCCAUCACUCAAACAGGUGCAGAAGAGGCAAAGACCCUGCAGGCUGGAUUGACAUAGACCCCAGAACCUGUGAAAUUCGCACAGCAAAAGUUUUUGACAGAGAGUCUCCGUUUGUGGUCAAUGGAACCUACACCAUGACCAUAAUCGCCCUCGAUAAUGGGCAACCUCCCAUGACCGGAACAGCCACUCUCAACAUCCACCUGAGGGACCAGAACGACAACAUCCCCCAGCUGACCGUCACUGAGCUGGACAUGUGUUUGAUGGAGGGCGAGUCCAGGGUCAGCAUCACCGCCUUUGACCUGGAUGGGUACCCCUAUUCUGGACCGUUCACCUUUGAGCUGCUGGACAAUGCUGAGGGACAGUGGACGGUCCAGCCCAGUUUGGGGACCACCGUGAGUCUGGUCACAAAGAGAGCGGUCCACGCCGGACACCACGAGCUGCGGCUGAAGAUUUCCGACAUGCAGGGCCUCUCCUCCCAGUGGAACGUCUCCGUUACCGUGUGUCACUGCUCCUUUGAACCCAACUGCCACGCCCCGAGGGUUUCCUCCAGCAGAGCCGGGGGCGUAGCCAUUGGGGUCGUACUCGGCGUCCUCCUCCUGCUGAUGGGUAUGGAAGCGACCUGGGCUGGCGGCGCGGUCGUCAGGAACACUUACGCUGCCCUUCGCAGGCCGUAUUCAUUUCUUAGACAUAUAGUGCAAGACAGUGCAAAGACAGGGCAGUGCAGUACCCAGGCCAGACGUGCGGACGGUCUGGGCUGGGGGUGCGCCAUGUCAUAUGCGAUAUUACAUUUGACGAGGGCCGCGUUUCUUUCCUGCAACGCGCCGACAGGUUUGCCGCUGCUCGUCGUCUUCCUGUCCUGCGGGAGCGGGAAGGAACCCCUCCAGGUGGAGCAGGGUUCCGGAAACUUCCUGCUUCAAUCGAAUACCGAAGCACCGGGAACUGACUGUCAGGUGCCUCAUGUUUACCGAGUAGCCGUGAAACACCGAGGAGAAGCGUUUCAGGCUCCGUGCGCUCAGGGGAUCACGACGGGCUACGGGGCUCAGCCGGAAGUGUCAGAUUACGAAGGGUUCUCCGUAAGCAGAAAGGAGCAGGCGUACCAGCGGCAGAACGGAUACGAAGGCUGCGAGGUACCAGAUGUGCGCGUACCUCCGAUCCUGGACCGUUUCGCGCUUUUGAUCGCGGCUAACGGCGGAUUCUCUGUUUCUCGUUUUGGGUCCAUGCGAUUUCACAGCUGGAGGGACCGCUACCAGAUUUGUGGUGAGCAGACAUCAGCCUGGAGAGAGACGUGUUCUUCAAUGAGGAAUUACGGUCUCGCGAGCAACAAGCUGCUGCUCUCGCUGCUGUCCCAGAGAAUCCACUCCAUUGAAGAGCCCGGUAAGGAGCUCAGAGACUACACCCCCCACGCGUAUGCAGAUGAGGGACCCCCGCCGACAGACCCCGCCCUUGAGGCCGUCUCCAUUUCCGGGGAUGUCUUCGACCCGGAUGCGCUGCUCGACCUAGGCCCGAAGUUCGGCGGCUUGGCCGCUGCGUGCAGGCCGGAGCCGCGGUCGCUGUCCCACAGCGCUACCCUCUGACCAACAGGAGGCGGGACGGGAUGCGUUACCUGGGCGAUGGCUCAGCCAUCCAGCUCACAGGUGGUUUUUUUUUGGAAGGAGAAAAACUGCGGCGCAAGAACACAACAGGGGCUGCGAAACAGGAUGGAGCUCAGUGUACGAACAUUAAGAAUAUCGACAAAACGAGAACCACACUGGAAUCCUACUUGGAUCGUGGUACACCUCAACAUCGUGGUAUUUUACUAUGUCCAAAAGCGAAGUGUUUAUUUGUGAGAGUAUAUAUAGCUAUAGCUAAAGGAGCAGUUAAUUUGACACUUGAUUGUGACACCUGGACAGGUGGGGUGAGGUCCAAAGAGCUCUUUCAUCCAAAAGAAGUUCACAAAAGUUAAGGGCUCUUUAAGGGGCUCGGAGAGUUUCAAUUUGUUUCAAUACGGUAUAUUCAUUAUACUGAACAUUACUGUAUAUAUACUGUAUAUACAUUUAAUAGUGGAUUCAUAGUGAACCAAGCAAAUAAAAUGGUGAAUAUUUAUUUUUUCUAUAUUAAAGAGUAACAAAUAGAAGGGAAGAAUAUCAAAGAAGUGACACGAUACAGAAUAAUUUCAGAUAAAACAUUCAUAACUGAUCGGCAAUACAGCUGCAGCCUUGUUCCUCCUGUCUCUCAAACACAUGCACACGCAACCAGCUGGGCGGCGACAACGUUAGGUACACACCGUGAACGAUGAAAACACGCAGAGAGUAGCUGUCUCGCAGGAACCGGAGAAGAGAUGAGCAGCGGAUGCCGACGAUUGUCACACGAUGGAGACGCGUGCUCGAGCCGAUGGGCACAAGACUCAUUUUCGGCGUUUCCCAACAUCGACAUGAUGGGAAAUUGUGAUCUCCUUUUUUGUUGGGUUACGUUCUCACCCCAAACCCUAACUGCAAAAUAGAAAAUGUAUUAAUAUUCCCGUGUUAAAGUUGCGAGGGGUGCGGUGGC